AAAACGAAAUUAACUAACUACCGCUACUGCAUUUCAGUCACAGCCAUGGUAGUUGUGACAACAUCUAUUUCAUCACCAUAUCUUCUCGCUUCCUGUAACUCCAUUUCACCAUUUUUCCACAAAAUAUACAAUAAUUACAAAACACCCACUACGCAGAAACUGAAUAACUCUAAUGGGUCCUUGUCAAUUACAGCUUAUAUGGAGGAACCGAACUCCAUAUCCAGUUUUGCAAACAAAGUCAUUGCUUCUCUCCCUGUGGUUGGCCUCCUUGCUAGAAUUUUCAAUGAUGAAGGUGGUAUUGGUAGUGACACUAUUGAUUUUGCUGAGUUUAGAAGAAGAGUAGGCAAGAAGUGUACUGUUAAUGACUCUAGCGCUUUUUAUGAGUUUCAGGAGAGGAGAGGCAAGGCAGGGGAUCCUUUGUAUGUUCUACUAUGCUGUUGGUUAGCAGCCGUUGGUGCUGGUCUUCUCAAAUCCGAAGAGAUUUUGGAGGGGGUAGCGAGGCUUCGGUUAUCAAAUGAUAUUGAAUUUGAAGAGCAGAACUUCAUUCAGUUGAUGAAUGAGGCAAAAGAGAAACGGGCAAAACUAAAUGUUGCAGCCCCAGCCAUUCCCAUGGAGAUACGAGCUGAGAAGGCACUUGAGGCAAUUCACAUUUGCUGCUUUGGCAAGGAUACUAUAGAAAAGGAAGAUGAGACAUUGUUGUGUCGAAUGCUGAGUGCUGUUUUCCCAUCAGUCAAGCAGCCAGAAAUACAAAGGAUUGUCAAAGACAAGGUAAAGAAAGUGGCUGAAGGUACUGAUGAGGUGAAUGUUCCUGAGCCCAAGAACUUGCCAAAGGAAGCUGCAAAGUUGCAAAUGAAAGACCUUCGAUUCCUUAAACAAAAUAGAGAUACUUAAAAUUGGAAAUGUGAUUGGUAAUUUAGCCAUGUGACUUUUGGAUGAGUGCACAACUAAGAGCUCCUGAUUCAAGUGCCUGGAGUUUUGCUGCUUAUGUUGCAUUUAAUCUCAUAAGCUGUACUCUGAAAAGGAAGAAAAUGAACCCUCCAAACUGCAUUGCCAUUUCUAGAACAUGGCAAAGCAUAACUCCGGCAAAAGCUGCUCAGAGUUGAAUCUUUUUCUUUUUUUCCUUUUCUUGAGCAGUUCUUGGUACACUAUUAAUGUCAAUAAUGGAUAUACUGAUGAGUUUCUUA